AUGUCGGCCUCAGGAUCCGGAUUUCCCAAUGAUGCAUCGGGGUCAUCCAGCGGUGUAAAGAAGGGUUUCCCUCCAGUUGACCUGUCGGGCAAUGACCUGCCCCCAUCUCCUGCCCCGUCUAGUCCUCACACCGGUCGUCGGUACAAUAUUGCCACUGAGUUGGUCUUCACCGAGGGCAGUGACCAAUACAAUGCCAGCAGCGUUCCCAUCUAUCAGAGUGCUACCUUCAAGCAAACUUCCGGCGGCGGCGGCGGAGAGUAUGACUAUACACGAUCCGGUAACCCUACUCGCACACAUCUUGAGCGUCACUUGGCCAAGAUCAUGUCGGCACAGCGCGCCCUUGUGGUUUCAUCUGGCAUGGCAGCGCUGGAUGUGAUCACAAGGCUCCUCCGCCCCGGUGAUGAAGUGGUCACUGGUGACGACCUCUACGGUGGCACCAACCGUCUGCUCAAGUAUCUCUCGACCAAUGGUGGAAUUGUUGUGCACCAUGUCGACACGACAAGCCCAGAAAAGGUCCGAGGGGUUUUGAGCUCCAAGACGACCAUGGUGCUGCUCGAGACUCCCACGAACCCUCUGAUCAAGAUCGUCGAUAUUGGACAAAUUGCUGCCGCUGCCCAUGAAGCCAACCCCAACUGUAUUGUCUCUGUGGACAAUACCAUGAUGUCUCCCCUGCUCCUGAACCCAUUAGAUUUUGGCGCCGAUGUCGUUUACGAGAGUGGUACCAAAUAUCUGUCUGGACACCACGACCUGAUGGCCGGUGUCAUUGCCGUGAAUGACCUUCAGCUCGGAGAACGUUUGUAUUUCCCGAUCAAUGCAUCAGGGUGUGGCCUGUCACCCUUCGACUCGUGGUUAUUGCUGCGUGGUGUGAAGACAUUGAAGGUCCGCAUGGACCAGCAACAGAGCAAUGCCCAACGAAUUGCUGAAUUCCUCGAAUCUCACGGCUUCAAAGUGCGCUACCCCGGUCUGCGGUCCCACCCACAAUACGAACUCCACAAUUCCAUGGCGCGGGGCGCCGGCGCCGUGCUCUCAUUCGAGACCGGUGAUACGGGCGUUAGUGAGCGUAUUGUGGAGAGCGCCAAGCUUUGGGCUAUCAGUGUCAGCUUUGGUUGUGUCAACAGUCUGAUCAGUAUGCCAUGCCGUAUGAGUCAUGCUAGCAUUGACGCGAAGACGCGGGCGGAACGCGCUAUGCCUGAAGACUUGAUUCGAUUGUGUGUGGGUAUUGAGGAUGUGGAUGAUUUGAUUGAUGAUUUGCAGCGAGCGUUGGUGCAAGCUGGAGCAGUCAAUGUCACCAUGGAGGGCAUUGAAGCCCACUAG